AUGGCAAACUCAUUCGCCCCCCAAUCCAACCAUCACGACGACCUCCCCCCCUUCCUCUCAGAUCCCAGCCGCAACGCUCGCCAGCCCGAAAACCCCCUCAAGCCCUUCUUACCGGGCCAGCCCAAGUCGCUCUCCGGAAUCGCCCUCCGCGCAUUUUGCCUGGGCAUCACCUUCGCCAUCAGCGCCGUCGGCAUCGUGAGCGUCCUGCUCUUCACGGACAGCCCCAUCUGGCGCGUCCCCUUCUUCCUCCUCGCCCUCUCCGCUUUUCACUUCCUGGAGUUUUGGACCACGGCCGAGCGCAACACCGCCGUCGCAAGCAUCGACAGCUUUCUGCUCACGGCGAACUGGCCGUCCUACGCCAUCGCCCACUCCGCCGCCUUUGUAGAGUGUACGAUUGUCUCUGCCUUCUUCCCUGACCGGCAUUGGGCGCCCUUUGGCUCUGGCCAAGCGCUUCUCCUCAUUGGCCUCUUCAUGGUCCUCAUCGGCCAGGCUGUUCGCUCCCUGGCGAUGCUGCACGCUGGGGCUAGUUUCAACCACCAAAUCCAGAACAGGAGGGCGCAAACGCAUCUUCUCGUAACGACGGGCAUUUAUGGGUGGAUAAGACAUCCUAGUUACUUUGGAUUCUUUUACUGGGGCUUGGGCACGCAGCUCGUGCUGGGCAAUGUGCUCUGCUUUUUUGCUUAUUCGGCUGUGCUGUACUGGUUUUUCCGGGGCAGAAUCAUCCAUGAAGAAGGAAAAUUGGUCGAAUUCUUUGGCGACGACUAUGUAAGCUACAGGAAGAGAGUCGGUACACUGAUGCCCUUUAUACGAUAG